UCGGAGUUAUCGGCGCUUGUGGGGACGUUGUAAAAAGUUUUACAUUUCAAUUUACAGACAAAUUUACAUGCUUACAUACAAACACUACAUACUACAUGUGUGAAAACGAUAACAAUUUGCCUUUGUCUUCACAUAUAUAUAUAUAUAUAUGUAUAUGAUAUGCUUGUCAUUUAAAUAUUUGCUACACAUGUAAAUAUUUGUUGUAAUUGCUUACAAAAGAGUCUGAGACGAGACACACUCGUGUGCUAUUACUAAAAGAGAUGAUAAAUGUUUUGUAAUUUUUCUGUGGACUCGUCGGAAAAUUCGCUUUUAAUUGAUUCAACACAAAGUUCAUGGAUACUUGAGUGUGAACCGAAAUUCCAUAUUCUGCUUGUGGAAAGCAGGCAAAAGAAGUAGUGCCAGUGAAAAAGGAAGUGAAAUUUUUCGUUUGUCCAACGUCGUGCUUCCUCGCUGUGGUGAUAUUAAGUGGACCACUGAUUCUUGUGCAAUUCAUGUAAACUCGCCUAGUUCAGUGGUGUUUGUGUACUCUAUAGGCGACUGUAUAAAAUAAAUGCAAAUCUGUUUUAUCAAAGUAAUUGAGGGCUCUAUGAAAAAAAAAUUUUAAUCGUUCUUGUACAAAGUAACAGCUCACAACCAAUCCACAGCAAAACUGACUGUAGACAUCAGUACGCCACUAAAGUGUAGUAAAUAAUCGCACGUACAUACAUACAGAUAGGAAAAUCCUUAUCAACAAACAGCUAAAGAAAAUAGAGAGAGAAAAAAAAUACAUAGAUAAAUACACACACACACACACAUACACACACAAACCUACCGAGAAUGCUAACAGCAAAUCAAAAUGUUUACUAUACCGCCGAUACAACAACAACAACUAAAAGAACAACAAAACCAACACCAGAAACAGUUAUAUUAGCAAAUGAGAACAAAAUCAUUAAUACAAAAACAAACAAUAACGUUGUUGUUGAUGUUGUAGAUAUUCGAUGUUCGAAAGAUAAAAACCUCAACGACUUGUAUUCUACUACUUUAACAACAACAACAACAACAACAGCAACAGCAAUAAACAAAGCGAGAACGGUGAUGAGCCACAAUCACGGAGUUGCUGUGUCAAUGCUGGAGGAUGGGGAGGAGCAGGAGCAAGUGUCGCCCGAACAACUGGAUGAUGAAAAUGAGAAUUAUGUGAUCGAUAUUGGCACAAUGCAGAUUGCGGAUGAGAGCAAUCAUACUGCCGAGGCAACUGCUUUCAUUACCGAUAGCAACAGCAGCGACAGCAACAAUAAAUCAAACAAUGCACGCCAAGGUACGCCUGAAGAGGAUGAAGCGAAGCUAGGAAAGGAAAGUGCGAUGGAAGCAGAAAUUGAAACGAGUGAAAAGAGAGAAGAACUAGGUAUUAAUGAAGGUACAUGCCAAACCAGGUGUGAUAAUGUGGAAACGGAGACGAAGACGGAAACGGAAGCCAAGGCGAAGGAGGAGCUGGAUCAAAACUAUCUGCACGAGAUUGAAAUUAGCAGCGUUGAUGAAGAGCAAAUUAUCAGCGAACUGGUAGAUGCCAGCGGGCAGGGCACUUGUGCAGAGGCUAAGCAAAGUAAUGGCGUCCGCAUUGCUUUUGGCAUAAUCCUGAGGCUUAUGCUGCCGCUGGCGAAUGGUGUGAUGCGCGGCUUCGAGGGUAUACGUGAUGCUCGAUUUUUACGUGUCCUGAAAUCAGUUGCUUCCAGUCGACAAUCUCUUGCCAAUUUGAUGGCAUUUGCUGCCAAUACCAUAUCGCUGAAUUUGUCGUCAGUUCAAGUUUCACAACGCAUCGAACCAAUUUUGAAGCUACUAAAGAUACGUCACACUCGCGAUGGUGUCGAAAGCCUGCCGGACACACCUGCCAUAGAAGAUGCACCAUGCUUCCCAACCACCGAUGUAACACCGACACCACCGUCGACACCGACCAAGCCCGACACACUGAAUAUGCCAUUUAUGCCAACUGGUCUGCCAAGUGAACCUUCGAGCGUUAUGCCAACCUUUUCCACUGGCAAACGAAAACCCACAGCGCCACAAACGCCGGCGCCGAAAUGUUGUACAUUAAAUGUGCUCGCAGAACCGCCUCCAGGGCAACCGAUACUUGCGGAUAUUAUUUUUAUACAUGGUCUUCACGGCUCGCAGGUGAAUACUUGGCGGCAGGGUUUGUGGGAGAACGAACGUCAGCCGGAACAGUUUGAGCGACCUCCCAAACCACCCGUCCGGCCACCCAAGCGGCCAAAACAUACGCGCACUGCCCCUUUACAUCCUCCACACAAGCAGAAACGCGCAAGAUUUGCGAAGUGCGAAUCGAGUCAGCGAGCAUCGGUGGAUGCAAUGGGUGAUGAUGAAAUGAAAUACUUAGAUGAUGGUUUUUCCGAUGCCACGGAACAGGAACUAAAAAACAGUGCGUCCUAUGCUUGUGGCGCUCCGCAAGAUAUACAAAACUGUGAUGGCAUCGAAUAUAGCUUUCCCACAUUCCGUUUGCGCUUAAACGAUAACGGUCGGCAGUUGCAAAGUGCAACCGACAAAAUGAAUGAAAGCUUCGCAAGUGGCGCAACCGAUGAGCCCCAUAGGAGCUCCACAAAAUCGACAGAAGACAACAGCAGCAAACCAAAAGCAGCCACCGCAAAACUCUCCGUAGAUGAUCCGAAUUAUUCAAAGUGUUGGCCUGGUGAUUGGUUACCACUAGACUGUCCCGGCGUACGUGUCAUUGCCCUUAACUAUACCACCGAUCCAUACUUGUGGCGGCCGUUGUGGAAGAAGAAGGAACCACGUUCGAAUCUCAUCGAACGUGCACGUGAAAUGACCGAAUUGCUGGUCAAACAUCGCGUCGGUUGUGGUCGACCAAUUGUCUGGGUGGGACAUUCCAAGGGUGGACUCUUUAUCAAGCAAAUCAUGGUUGAUGCAUGGGAGAGUGGACGCCCUGCAGUGGCACCUCUCUGGCGUUCUUCACGUGGCGUGUUCUUCUAUUCGGUGCCACAUCGUGGCUCUCAUCUGGCCUGCAUUAAGGCGCCGUUGUUGGCACGCUCUGUUGAGAUGCUGGAUAUUGAGAAGAAUAAUAAGUAUUUGUUGGACCUGCAUCGACGCUUUGCUGGGCUAUAUCAUUUGGGUCAUAUAAAAAUUGAGGUCUUUAGCUUUGUGGAGACGGCGUUAACCUUAAUGUCAGUGCUUUAUCUACGUAUAGUAGGAGUGGAUUCUGCAGAUCCUGGUUUUGGUGAUGUCUGUGGUAUACGCUUGGAUCAUCGUGAAAUUUGCAAGCCACGCAGCAGAGAAUGUAUUCUGUAUAAAGAAUUAGUGAAAAUGAUUAAUAAAGUAUGCUGAGAUUUAUAGGCAAUUAAAGCUUGCACUUUUAGUUACUAAAAACGGUACCUUAUUCAUCCAUAAAGGGAAUAGUAUGAUUUUUGUUAAAAAACAUAAAAUAAAAUGUAAUAAAAAAUUUAAAAAAAAUCAGGUAAUACAAAGUAAAAU